AUGCAGAUGUUUCUGGUGGUUGCGACUGUGCUGCUGGCGGUGGUGGUGUCAGGGACAGGCCAAAGGUGUGCAAGCACGCCUGCGCAUGCGGUUUGCUCAGUGGUGGCGUUUGGGGCGCGAGGCGACGGCAAGACGGACGACACUGGGCCGAUUCAGGAGGCGCUGGCGUGCGCGGCAUGUGAUGUGGUGGUGCUGCCAUUUGGCGGCGUGUUUGUGGCGCGCGGGGUGAACUUGAGUUCGAACACGGAGCUCCGGGUCGAGACCGGGGCGGUGCUGAUGGGCGCAGCGAGCGUGGCUGGGUGGCCUUUGGUCGACGCGCUACCGUCGUAUCCGCUCUCGCGUGACCACAACUCGCAGCCGCGGUAUCAGGCGCUUAUUGCUGGGUAUGAUGUGGUCAAUGUGAGCAUUAGCGGCGGCGGGCGGAUCGACGGGCGCGGAGAGAUGUGGUGGCGUGCGGUCCGGAAGCACGAGUUGAGCAUGCAGCGGCCGCCGCUCAUCGAGAUAGUGGGUGGCGUCGGUGUGCGGAUCACCGAGCUCGAGCUCAAGGACUCACCGUACUACCACAUCCAUCCAUACAUGUGCCGCGGAGUAGUUGUCGACCGGGUCCGCAUCGACGCGCCGCUCGGCUCGCCCAACACCGACGGCAUCGACCCAGAUUCUUCGUCGGACGUGCGCAUCACGAGGUGCACCAUAAGCUCCGGCGAUGACCACAUCUCGCUCAAAGCCGGCAAGGGCUGGGAGGGGUACGCGUGGGGCGUGCCGACAGAGCGGGUGCUCAUUGCCGACAAUAUCUUUCAUCACGGCGCCGGCAUCGCCAUCGGCUCCGAGACCGGCGGCGGCAUCGCGGACGUAGUGGUGUCCAACGCAACUCUCGAUGCGUCGCAGAGCGCUGUUCGCUUCAAGACGUGCCCGACGUAUGGCCGCGGAAUGACUAACGUGACCUACGACGGGGUGGUCGGCAUCGGGCUGCUCGACGGCUUGUUUGUCGACAUGGCAUACGAGUGCGGAGCAGCGAACGCAAGCCUCCCCGCUCCGAUCUUUGCCAGUGUCACGCUCCGCAACCUCCAGCUGGACGGAAUCGGUCGCGCCGGGGCGAUCACGUGCCUGCCGAGCGGCUGCCGCAACUGGCGCCUGGCCGACGUGCAUGUCGCGUCGAUUGAGGGCUGGACCGUCACGCCCGGUGGCAUGCUUGUGUCGCGGUACCGCAAAUAUGGGCGGGAGGAGGAGGCACAGCUGGCGGUGCAGCGGGAAGAGAGCAUGCGGCGGCUGGCCGAGGCCAAGGCGGCUCGGGCCCAGGUGGAGGAGAUGAAGGGCGCCAUGGUGGCGCAGUUUACAGCCAUGGGCCGCGAGAUGGAGACCGUCACCGAGCGCAUGAAGGUUGAGGAGCGCAGGCUGGAGGAGGGUAUCGACUCGGUCUUUGCCGCUGCCCGCUCCUCCGCCCGCGCGCAUGCCAUCCGCCAGGCCGUCGACGAGCUUGAUGCCAAGGAGCGCGAGCUCCUUGGCCAGCCACCGACAGCACCGCCGGUGACACCCCCGACAUCCACCGAUGGCGCAGGCGCUGAUGCCGCCGCCUCGGCCACCGUAUCGGGCAAGGGCGACUUGCGCGGACGCCGCGGCUAG